CAACGUACACUUUGAAUCACGGCACUAGGACCAUGAGGCGUCUGUUUGCCCCGGUAUUUUUAUUGUGUAAGUCAUGGAUUGUGGAGUUGAACGGCGUGAGUUUCUGACUGUAAGGUCAUAUACAGCAACCGCAUAUGAUGAGAUGUUUUAGGAGCGCUAACAUCACCAUAAUCCAUCAUCUGAGGGGAUAAUUAUUCAAGGACGCACACGAAAGACUAAAAGGAUCCCAGUAACGUUGGAAACAGAUAUUCUUUGUGUGGAUCCAUCAUCAUCAUCAUCAUGGUGGAGAUGAAGAGUUACUGUGAAGCCGGAGUCUCCAUGCAGCAGGUCUGGGUGGAGGGCGGUCUGACCCUCUGCUUCUACUUCACCCUGGUGCCGUCCAUCCUCCUCACCCUCUCCUUCCUCUUCGGCACGUUCCUGUGUAUAUGCUACGGCCGCUAUGGCACAGACAUGGAGCCCAAGUUCAUCCCUCGCUCCCGACUCUACCGGCUCCAAGUGGGCCUGUCGGUGUUGCUCGCCUUGCUGGCUCUGGGCUGGAUGGUGUUUCGGAUCGCUCGGAGCGGAGAGCUGCCGGGAUACGUGAUUCUGUACGGCUGUCUCUCCAUGCUGGGCUGGCUUUGGGCUGUGGCUCUGCUGCGUCUGGAGAGAAAGAGGGUUCUGGUGCGGGACAGAACCAGAGGACACAGUACGGUACUAUUGCUGUACUGGGCCGUGGCUUUUGCGGCAGAAAACCUGGCGUUUGUGUCGUGGAUGAGCCCUCAGUGGUGGUGGACUCUGGAGACAUUCGAUCAACAGAUAGAGUUUGCUUUCUGGCUGGUGCGGUACUUCAGCUCAGGUUUGCUGUUCCUGUUAGGCCUCAAAGCUCCAGGAUUGCCUAGCCGACCGUACAUGCUUCUGGUCAAUGAAGAUGAGCGAGAUGUUGAGCAUGGAGCACCUCUCUUGGGUAAUUCUGAAGAGAAUCAGUCCACGUGGAAAGACUUUAGGCAGAAGGUGCGUCUGUUGGUGCCGUACAUGUGGCCUAAAGGCAAUGUCGUGCUUCAGCUGCUGGUUCUGCUGUGUCUCGGGCUGCUGGGAGUGGAACGUGUCAUCAAUGUGUUUGUGCCCAUCUACUACAAGAACAUAGUGAACCAGCUGACAGAUGGGAGCUCUUGGAAGACUCUGGCGACUACAGUGUGUCUUUACGGGCUCCUGAAGUUCCUGCAGGGUGGUGGAGCUGGUGCGUCUGGGUUCGUGAGUAACAUGCGUUCGUUCCUGUGGAUUCGAGUGCAGCAGUACACUAACCGUGUGGUCCAGGUGCGUCUCUUUGCUCACCUGCACUCUCUGUCUCUGCGCUGGCACCUGGGCCGCCGCACCGGAGACGUCCUGAGAAGCAUCGACAGAGGAACCUCCUCCAUCAACAGCCUGCUGAGCUAUAUCGUGUUCAGCAUCUUGCCCACCAUCGCUGACAUUGUCAUCGCCAUUAUCUAUUUUAUAUCCAAUUUCAAUGCCUGGUUUGGCCUCAUAGUCUUCGUUUGUAUGGCCCUCUACCUCACUCUCACCAUCGUUAUCACUGAAUGGAGAACCAAAUACAGACGAGAUAUGAACACACAAGAUAACAAUGCCAAAUCGAAAGCUGUGGACUCUUUAUUGAACUUUGAGACGGUGAAAUAUUACAAUGCAGAGAGUUAUGAAGCAAAUCGCUUUGAGGAUGCCAUCCUGAAAUAUCAGGUAUCGGAAUGGAAGACCAACGCGUCCCUGGCGUUUUUAAAUCAAACGCAGAACCUCAUCAUCGGUUUGGGUCUGCUGACCGGAUCGCUGCUCUGUGCAUACUUCGUGACAGAGGGGAAGUUUCAGGUCGGAGAUUAUGUGCUGUUUGGAACAUACAUCAUCCAGCUCUACACUCCUCUCAACUGGUUUGGAACAUACUACAGAAUGAUCCAGAGCUCCUUCAUCGAUAUGGAAAGCAUGUUCAAGCUCUUCACUGAGGAGGAGGAAGUGAAGGAUGAUGUCAAUGCAGGAAACCUCAACUUCAGGCAGGGAAAAGUAGAAUUUGAGAAUGUCUUCUUCAGCUACACGCAAGGCAAAGAAAUUCUAAAAGAUGUCUCUUUUACUGUACUUCCCGGACAGACGGUCGCACUUGUUGGACAGUCUGGAUCAGGAAAGAGCACCAUCAUCCGUCUGCUUUUCCGUUUUUAUGACGUACAGGGCGGGUGUAUAAAAAUAGACGGUCAAGACAUCUCAAAGGUGAAGCAGACCUCUCUGCGCGCUCACAUUGGUGUCGUCCCUCAGGACACUGUCCUGUUUAAUGACAAUAUUCGGGACAACAUCCGUUACGGUCGAGUUGCUGCUACUGACCAAGAGGUGGAGGAGGCUGCGAUUGCCGCUGACAUCCAUGACAAAAUCGUAACUUUCCCAGACGGCUAUGACACUCAGGUGGGUGAGAGGGGGCUGAAGUUGAGUGGAGGAGAGAAGCAGAGAGUCGCCAUCGCUCGCACCAUCCUCAAAGCUCCACAAAUCAUCCUUCUUGAUGAGGCCACGUCUGCUCUAGACACACAGACUGAGCGAAAUAUUCAGGCAUCGCUGGCUAAAAUCUGCACCAACAGAACCUCCAUUGUGGUGGCACACAGAUUGUCGACUGUCAUUGGAGCUGACGUGAUUCUUGUACUUCUUGAUGGGCAGAUUGUGGAGAGAGGAAGGCACGAGGAGCUGUUGGCGAAGGGAGGGCUGUACUCUGACAUGUGGCAGAAACAGCAGCAGGUUCAGGAUUCAGACUCGGCCUCUGACAGCGAGACUAAAGACAGGAAAUCAGAGAAACUACAGCCACAAACAUCCACUACAGGACACAAGGGACACUAGAUACAUGAUGGGACAUAAAACCUGGUUUUGUGUGCACUUUAAGCUCGCCCAAUGCUGUUUUGGCAUAUUAGAAUGAUUAUUUAAUAUUUUAUGUUUUUGGUAGUUCUUAAAAGGAUUAUUGCUGACCUUAAAGUUUUUUUGAAUUUUUUUUUUUUAUAUAUAUUUCUUUGCAUUCACUUGUUUCCGCCACUGAAUAAAAAAUAAAAAUAGUAAUUGUGACUUUUUAUCUCGCAAUUCUGUCUUUUUUUUUCUUCUCGCAAUUGAUAUAAACUCGCAAUUGCGAGUUAUAAAGUCAGAAUUGCGUGAUAUAAAGUUGCAAUUCUGAGAAAAAGUCAGUCUUUUUUCCCUCAGAAUUGGACUUUAUAACCAUAGACUGUAUAAAACAUGGACGUAGUGUCCGUGGCGUCACCCGUAGGUUUCUGAAGAGCAUUUUUGAAGCCCAAAGUGGGCGGAGCCGACCGUCGCCAUCUUGGCAGCGCGUCACAGUGCAUCACUCCCAGAUAACCGAAAAUGGGCAAAGAGGUGGGACAUGGGUGGAGCUGAGGUGCCUGGUUGCUGAAACCACACCCGCCUAGCGCGACGUGAUCAAGUUAGCUCAGGCUAAGGAGCUAUCUCUAUCUAUCUUAGAUAUUAUCUAAAAUAUUAAUAAAGAUAACAAAUUAUACUUAAUUUGAAAGUUUUAAGGGGUUUACUACUUUAAGGAUCAAUCUACGGUGUCUCUUUUACGAUAUAGAUGCUCCAGCAACAGCAAUAUUGCAAAAUCAAAACGGUAUUUCAUACCUUUGUAAUGAAAUAGCGAUUGCGAGAUAAAUCCAAUCCGUCGCACUUUGGUAAAAUGUCCAUGAUAAGCGUCCAUUGAAAAACAGACAACAGCACUUUUUGUCCACAAAUGAAAUAUUGAUAUAUUGCCCAUUGUUUGCGUCAUAUUUCUUCAGAACGUUCUGCUCUCUGUCAUUAUUCUUUAAGAAAUUAUGCAAUCUGAGCACCGUUUAUGUUGUAAAACUGAACUAGACUCUCACAAACAAAUUAGGCAGCAUUCAAAGUAAAUUUUGGUAAAUUUUUGGUAAAAUUUGGUAAAAUUUCAAAAUAGUGUAGCAGUUUCAGUUAUAAUAUCCAAGCAGUGCUGUCGGAUUUUGUGGUGUCUUGAGAGGCCUAUUCUCUAGCCAUUAUCAUUGUAGUAAAUCUGACAGACAAAACUUUUAGUCAGUGCCCAAACCACUUUUUGUACCAGGCUGUAAACAUAUUUAUUUCUGCUGUAAAGUUGGGCAUUUUAACAUGGGGGAGAUACAGAUUUGACUCCCUUUUGGAGCCUGUCUCUAGCGGCCAGUCGAUGAAUUGCACUUUGAGUCACUUCCAUGUUGGUUUCAAGAGAGACUGCGGGAGGUUGCCGCUUGUUUAUAACUCGCAAUUGCGAGUUUAUAUCUCCCAAUUCUGAGAAAAGAAGUCAGAAUUGUGAGAUAUAAACUCGCAAUUGCAAGGAAGAAAAGUCAGAAUUGCGAGGAAAAAGUCAGAAUUCUGAAACUCACAAUUGUGACAUAUCACGCAAUUUCCCUCACAAUUGCACUUUAUAUCACAAUUCUGAGAAAAAAGUAAAAAUUGCGAGAUAUAAACUCGCAAUUGUGAGAGAAAAAAAAUAAGAUCUUUUAUUUAUUCCUUUUAUUUAUUUAUUUUUUUUAUUGCGUGGCGGAAACAAGCUUCCAUGCUUUCCACUCAUUUCCUUCGAAGUGCAUUUAUAAUGCUAAAUACUAUCACCAUUAAUGAGAGAAGACUGACAGCUAUUUUACAUUGUAUAAAUCCCUCCACAUCUACAACUUUAGGCAAUACAUUGCGGAGACGUUAUUAUGAUGAAUGUACUUUCUGUUAUUUAAGUGAAUUUCUGUGGUUGCAUUGAUUCUAUGAUGCUUCCGAUUUGCUGUUCUUUGCAAUAGGAAAACUGCUUGUAAUUGUGAAUAUGAUCGUAUACUUUGAGGCUUUAUUUAAUUAGAAAAGGGAUAAUUAUAUUUCUGGUGCCAUUGUAUAUCAGUACAUACUAAUGCUGAUAUUUGAAUUUCUGUACAGACUAAGAUUAAAUUUGAAUUUAGGAGUAUGUUAUAAGCAGAGGGGAAAAUCUAUAUCGUCAGUCAAUUUUAAUGUUAAUUUCUGACAUUAUGUGCAUAUUCAUCUGACUUUUUUACGUUCUUUAUGAUCGUUUGUGUGCUUAAAGAUUGUAUUUUCUCAUGCUGUGUGUGCGUGUGGAGUGGUACUUGUUGCUUAGAUGCAAUAUAUUGCUGUACUGUACAACUUCAGUUCAUCAAAGGGACAAAGGAGACCACUCACUUUAUAGCACUGACACUAAACUCAGGGGACAAGGUUGAAAUGAGCCAUUGGGAUGUUUUUUUUUUAGUCAUUGAAAAAGAAAAAUGGGGGGAAAAAAAAAAAAAAAAUCUACUACAUUUUUUAAUGGAGAUACAGACUGACAGAAUUUGCCUUGGAUAAAGUAAUUCAGUUGUGACCGAAUGGCUAAAGUCUGUGAAAAAAAAAUUGUGUAUUUUAUUGUACAAUAAAGCUAGAGACAUGCAUAUAUUUA